CUUUCGUUCACUUUCUCUUUUUUUCUUCCAUUUUCGUACAUAUUUUCUCUCCGUAAUCUUUCAAUUCUGAGAAACAGAAAAUUACCAGAAAAAAUUAGACUUUGGCGGAAUCCCCAUCAGAUGACGAAUCUAUUAUCUCUAAACCAGGUGUAACUUUUUAACUAUAUUUUCCGGGAAAAAAAAUGGCAAAGGAAAAAGUUUAUGAAGAGCUAGGAGAAGUUAAAGUUCAGAACGAAAAGUUAAGGGAAGAUUUCAUAAGCAAAGCUGAAUUAUGUGAGCACUUGAAGAAAGUGCAGAAUGAGCAGGUAACGAAGAUCCGAGAAGCGAGUUCCAAAAUCGAGAAGUUGGCACAAGAGCUUCUUGAAAAAGAAGAAGAAAUCACGACAGUAAAGCGAUCAAAUGAAGAACUUAAAUGCAUCCUGAAUGAAAAAGAAUCUGCUGUCAAGCAUUUGAAUGUUGUAAAUGAGAAGCUGAGAGCUGAGCGUGAUGAAAGGAAUCGGAAAUCGGAGCAGGAAAAUCGAAGGUUGGUAUUGGCUUUAGAUGAAGCAAAUGAGGUGAAUAUAGAUCAAGAACAAAAGAUUAAUGUGCUUAAAGCCGAGAUUGAAGGUCUAAAAAUGGACCUAUCUGUUUCAAAGAAGAAGUGUUUAGAAGCCGAGAAGGCAGCCAAAAAUCCAAGGGUGCUGAGGGAAAGAGAAGAUUUGUUAAUCAAAGUAGAGGAAGAGAAGAGCAAGGUUGAAGAUCAGCUAAAAUGGAAGAAGGAGCAGUUCAAACAUUUAGAAGAAGCCCACGAGAAGCUUCGGGACCGGUUCAAAGCAAGUAAGAAAGAGUGGGAGCAAGAAAAAUCUGCAUUGCUCGAUGAGAUUUCUUCACUGCAGACAAGGUUAGAUUCAGAGAUCCGAGUAACGAGAGACCUCCAAAACCGGUUACAGGUGUGCAAUCAAGCCUUAUCUCGUGAAGAAACCCGAAGAAAGCACCUUGAAGUUGAAGUUUCGGAGUUCAAAACACACUAUGAAAACAUUUUCUCGGAAUGCCAGGAUGCAAAAUCACAACUGGACUGCUUGAAUUCUCAGAGGGACAAUGAAGUUGCGACUUUGAGACAUGUAUUGGGCACGAAGGAAUCGUUUUAUAAGGAAAUGGAAUAUCGAUCCGGAAAGCUGGAACAAGAAAACCAAGAGUUGCUGACAUCCCUCAAAGAACUCCGGGAAGCUAGAAUUCAGGAAGCUGGAAGUUCCUCGUCUCUUUCAAAACUGAAAAACAAGCUCAGAAGUGUGGAGCAGAUGCACAAGGACUGUUCAACAAAUCUUAGAGCUAAAGAAGCCGAAUGGAACUCUCAGCGGGAGGAAAUGACUAGGAAAUUAAACGAUUACAGCUCUCAGUUACAGAGUAAAGAUGCCGCUCUUAAAGUUCUCGAGAUGGAACUUGAAGGUUGCCUAUCUUCAGCUGUACAGUUGAAAUUGCAGAACGAGGAGAUUUCCGUGAUGUUGCUAGUAUUGAAGUCGGGAAUGUCAGAGGCUCGACUGAAACUUGCUAAUGUUGAGGCUGAGUUGGGCCUCCAUGAGAAAGAGAGGAUAGAGGAGCUUUCUAUUCUGAAACAGCAGCUGGAGAUGAAAGAUACUGCUUUGGCCGAUGCUCAGAAAGACAUUGAGGAUGAAUGUGAGAGGACAGCGAUUUUAUCCAGGAGGGUUGAUACUUUAGAUCAACUUGAGGAUAAGCAUCAGCUAAUGGAAAAAGAGCUCAAUAGAUGUAAAGAAAUGCUCGAGGAAUCAUCGAGGUGUCAACUUUGGUUGAAAGAACAAGCUUUGCAGGUGGAGAAUGAUUCAAAAGAAAAAAUUCGAGAAGUCUAUGAUGCUUUAGAUGCACUGAAUUCUGAACUGGCAGAAGAACGGGAGAAUGUAGCAUCUUUGUUAAGGAGAGUUGAGUCCUUGGAUCUUAUCGAAGGACAGCGGCUCCUGCUGCAGAAAGAGCUCGAGAAGUGCAAGGAAAUGCUCGAGGAAGCCGCUAAGUCUCAAAUACAGUUCAAAGAGCAAGCUUUGCAGAUGGAAAAUGAAUCCAGAGAGAAACUUAGAGAAGUUUGUGAUGCUUUAGAAACAACGAAAUCUGAAUUAACCAAAGAACAAGAGAGAACAGCUUCGUUGACGAUAAGGGUCGAGUUUUUAGAUCAGAUUGAAGAGCGGUGGCUCCAGACACAGGCAGAGCUUAAGAGGUAUAAAGAAAUGCUCGAGGAAGCAUGUAGGCGUCAAUGUCAGUUAGAAGAGCAAUCUGUGCAUAUGAAAAAUGAACUCGGGGAGAAACUAAAAGAAGUUUCUGAUGCUUUAGAAACUGCAAACAUUGAAUUGGCUGAAGAACGUGAGAAAACAGCUUCGUUAAUGAAGCGGAUUGAAUCGUCAGAUCAGUUGGAAGAACAGUUGGCCCUGAAGCAGAAAGAACUUGACAGAUACAAUGAACUGUUAGAGUCAUCCAGGUGCCAACUUCUAUUAGAAGAGCAAAUUUCUCGGACUGACAGUGACUCGGAAAGGGAACUGAAAGAAGUCCGCAAUGCCUUGGUGAAAGCAAAUUCUGAACUGUCAGAGAAAACUCGUGAAGGACAUGAACUCAAAUUUGAAUUGUGGAUAUGGGAAUCAAUCGCUGAGCGGUUAAAAGCCAAGCUUGAAGAAAGUCAGGCAUUGCGUAAAGAAUUAGAAGCUUCUCUUCUUGCACAAAUGGAUGUGGAGGAAAGUAUCAAGAAAGAGAAAGAAGACCUUGUCCGUAUAACCGAAGAAAAAGAUGGGAGAAUAGUUAAUCUCCAGCAGCAAAUGGUGUCACUAGUGCAAGAGCACACAGCUAGAGAACUAGAAGAAGCAGCCAAUUCGGCAGAGGACAGCGUUCAUCAACAGACAAGAGAACACGAAGCUGAAUUGGAGGCAAAGCAUAUGGAAAUGGAGGCUUUGGUCUAUGAACUCAAGGGUGAAAACAACACCAAGUUGUCAACAGACCGCGAAAACCUUCUUGGAUUUGUUACGAGCCUAGGUGAUUGGAUCAGCGAGUUCUCCGGUGAAGACGCUAAGCUGAUGGGGAUUUUGGGGAGGAUAGUGCAGUCUUUUGACAAUUGCAUUUCAGACAUGAAAGGUAAUGAUGAACUUUAUGACACUCUCAAGGAAAACAAGAAGAGUCUUAUUUCUUCUCCAGCAGCUAGAAAACCUGAUUCUCUUGUUGAAGAAAGAUCACCUUUUAGAGAGCUCAACUAGAAAUUAUUGAUUUCAUUUUCCUUUUCGGCUUCUGUAUAUGGAUAAAUUCGUGCAUGUAUUAUCUGCCAGUAACAGUUUACCACUUAACAUUCAUUGUUUCAUUUUUAAAUAACAAGAUAGCAUGUUUCUAAUGUAA